AUGUUGAUGUCCAUUCGAGUAAAUGUAAUUUCGUUGAUAAGGUAUCUUCCUCCAUACACAUCGUUUAUGCCGUUGACCAAAAAAAAGAAGGAAAAGAGAGAGGGAGAAAAUGAUUCCGGAAAUGAAAAAGAAGGAACGAAGAGUUGGCUCUUCGUGUCACAACUUUCCUUUUUGGUGAUAUGCAUCUUUCUCAUUUCCAUCACUGAAAGGCAAAAACUACAACGGGAUCCACUCAACUUCAAUGUCCUUAACAUCACUCUCGAAGUUAUCAGCGCGUAUGGUAAUGUGGGAUUUACAACCGGAUACAGCUGCGAACGGCGCCUAGACAUAAGCGACGGUGGCUGCAAAGACGCAGGUUAUGGCUUUGCGGGACGAUGGAGUCCUGGUGGAAAAUUCAUACUAAUAGUAGUAAUGUUUUAUGGUAGGUUUAAACAGUUCACAGCCAAAUCUGGGCGAGCAUGGACACUUUAUCCCUCCUCUUCCUGA